GGUCCCCCUACUGCUCCACUGCGGCAGGACGGCUCGGCUGCGGGUCCUGGCUCGGCCUGGAUAGGUGCCGCUCUUGCCUCUGACGUAACGGCACGCUUUCAAAGAGGACGGUGUCUUUUGUGAACUGCCUCUUCUCUUCGUUGUGGGUUGUGAUUUGCAUGAGCUGUGAUGCCACACAGGAGCCACACACUUGCUCACAGCUCACAUAGCAGAACAGGAGGCCGAGGACACGGCUGGCACGCACAGACUCCACCUCGCAGAGCACGCACACACACUCUUACCCAGCCCACACGCUCGCGAGGAGCCCGCAGACACAGCCACAGCCACACCAGAGAGAGGGGUCCGCUGCGCGCAGGUUUCAUGACUCCGUGAGGGGAAAGCUGCACAGACCUCGCCUGACCACCACACGGCCACUCCGAGACCUCGCCUGACCGCUGCGCCGGCCCCGGGCUGCUCGAUGAACCGGCCGACCCCCUGAUGGAAGGAGACGAACUCCUUCAGGCCCGAGGCGUGCGUCCGGCUGUGGGGGCAGUGGGAUGGAGGCGGGAGGGAACGAGUCGCUGCCCUGGCCGAGGGGCGCGGCGGGGGGGGGCAGCGGCUGGGUGGCCGCGGCUCUCUCCCUGAUCGUCCUGCUGACGGUAGCGGGCAACACGCUGCUCAUCCUGCUGAUCUGCACGCAGCGCGCCCUGCGCAGCACCUCCAACUACUUCCUGGUGUCGCUCUUCAUGUCCGACCUGAUGGUGGGGCUGGCGGUCAUGCCCCCGGCCAUGCUGAACGCGCUGUGCGGCCGCUGGGUGCUGGCGCCGGGCCUCUGCUCCGUCUGGGUCUCCUUCGACGUCAUGUGCUGCAGCGCCUCCAUCCUAAACCUGUGCCUGAUCAGCCUGGACCGGUACCUGCUCAUCAUCUGCCCGCUGCGCUACAAGCUCCGCAUGACGCCCGGCCGCGCGCUGCUGCUCAUCCUGGCCGCCUGGAGCCUGGCCGCGCUGGCCUCCUUCCUGCCCAUCGAGAUGGGCUGGCACGCCCUGGGCGCCCCCCCGCUGCCAGCACCGGGGGAGUGCCGCCUGCGGGUCAGCCUGCCCUUCGCCCUGGUGGCCUCCUGCCUGACCUUCUUCCUGCCGUCCGCCGCCAUCUCCUUCACCUACUGCCGCAUCCUGCUGGCUGCCCGGCGCCAGGCGCGCCAGGUCGCCUCCCUGGCCACCGCCCUCGCGCUGGCCCCGCCCGCACAGCACCCUCAUCCCUCUCCACCAUGUCCAGGGGGCUCCGGCGAGCGCAGGCUGGCUCACCGACACGGGCGCCGCGCCCUGAAGGCCAGUCUGACCCUGGGGGUCCUGCUGGGGCUGUUCUUUGUUGCCUGGCUGCCCUUCUUCAUCUCCAACAUGGCGCAGGCGGUGUGUGAGUGUGACUCUCCNGCUCUGUUUGACGUGCUGACCUGGCUGGGUUACUGUAACAGCACCAUGAACCCCAUCAUCUACCCCCUCUUCAUCCGGGACUUCAAGCGCGCCCUGGGCCGCUACCUGCCCUGCUGCCCGCCCUCCUGGACCCGCCGGCCCAGCCCCCUGUCCGUCUCCGUCCGCAACUCCCCCAGUGGCUACCGGGGCGACCCCCCGCUGCCCUCCCCCUCCCCCUCCCCCUCGCCUGCCUCCCUCACCUCUGACCCCACCGACCCCUCUGACCCCACCCACCACCCGCCCUGCAAGAGGGAGCCGCCGGCGACCGCCACCGACGCCGUCAACCUGUUCGACAUGGAGCAUGCUGGGAAUGACAGCCUGCUGCCCUGCCAGGUCGGCCCCCUGAACGACUGAGCAGGCAGGAAGCGUGCGGACAGGAGAGA